CGGGCGGCCAACAGGAAGCGGCGGUCCGUGCGGGGAGGGCGGAAGAGGAGAGAUCUAGUUCCGUACGCGGCGGCCGCCGCCGCCGCCAUCUAUCACCUCCCCUCCGGCCACCCGUCGGCUUUGCUCCGCCGCCUGACUCCUCGCGGGAGCCGCUUCCCAGCUCUGCCGCCGCGCUGCUCCGUUCUCCCUGUCGCGGGCCUCUUCCCCCACAUGGAUCUGGUCGGAGUGGCAUCGCCUGAGCCCGGGUCGGCCGCGCCCUGGGGACCCAGCAAGUGUCCAUGGGGUACCCCUCAAAAUACAGUAUCUUGUUCUCUGGCUGAUGUAAUGAGUGAACAGUUGGCUAAAGAAUUGCAGUUAGAAGAAGAAGCUGCUGCUUUUCCUGAAGCUGCUGUUGCUGAAGGACCAUUUAUUACUGGAGAAAACAUGGACACUUCCAGCGACCUAAUGCUGGCACAGAUGCUACAGAUGGAAUUUGACAGAGAAUAUGAUGCACAGCUUAGGCGCGAAGAAAAAAAAUUCAAUGGAGAUAGCAAAGUUUCCAUUUCCUUUGAAAAUUACCGAAAAGUGCAUCCUUAUGAAGACAGUGAUAGCUCAGAAGAGGAGGUUGACUGGCAGGAUACUUGUGAUGACCCCUAUAUACCAGCAAAACCAGUUCCUACCCCAAAAAAGGGUUUUAUUGGAAAAGGAAAAGACAUCACCACGAAGCAUGAUGAAGUAGUAUGUGGGAGAAAGAAUACAGCCAGAAUGGAAAAUUUUGCACCUGGGUUUCAGGUAGGAGAUGGAAUUGGAAUGGAUUUGAAACUAUCAAACCAUGUUUUCAAUGCUUUAAAGCAACAUGCCUACUCAGAAGAACGUCGAAGUGCCCGCCUCCACGAGAAAAAGGAGCAUUCUACUGCAGAAAAAGCAGUUGAUCCUAAGACACGUUUGCUUAUGUAUAAAAUGGUCAACUCUGGAAUGUUGGAGACAAUCACUGGCUGUAUUAGUACAGGAAAGGAAUCUGUUGUCUUUCAUGCAUAUGGAGGGAGAAAGAAAUCCCAUUGCAGUCACUCCCCAGUCUUCUGUCCCCAGACCAUCCUCUGGCAGCCACUGGUACCCUUUGUGUCUCUGUGGUUUUGCCUGUUCUUGACGUUUCAUAUACACCCAGUCACCAAAUGUGAGUGCAUUAUGUCUGGCUUCUCUAACUCAGCAUCAUGUUUUUAUUAUUCAUUGUAUCAUGUAUCAGAACUUCAUUCCUUUUUAUGGAUGAAUAAUGUUCCAUUUUAUGGAUGUGCCACAGUGUGUUUAUCCAGUUGUAGUAAAAUAUUCUUUCCUUCUGAUCUUUACAGUCUUAAUCAUUUCUUUCUGUAUAGAAUGCAGAGAGCUGGAAUUCCUUGUCCAACAGUUGUACUGCUCAAGAAACACAUUUUAGUUAUGUCCUUUAUUGGCCAGGAUCAAGUUCCAGCCCCUAAAUUGAAAGAAGUGAAGCUCAGUAGUGAAGAAAUGAAAGAAGCCUACUACCAAACUCUUCAUUUGAUGCAGCAGUUGUAUAACAAAUGUGCACUUGUCCAUGCCGACCUUAGUGAGUAUAACAUGCUGUGGCAUGCCGGGAAGGUUUGGUUGAUCGAUGUCAGUCAGUCUGUGGAACCAACCCAUCCUCACGGCCUAGAGUUCUUGUUCCGUGACUGUAGGAAUGUCUCCCAGUUUUUCCAGAAAGGAGGGGUAAAGGAGGCCCUUAGUGACAGAGAGCUCUUCUGUGCUGUUUCAGGCCUAAACAUCUCAGCAGACAGUGAGGCUGAUUUCUUAGCUGAGAUAGAAGCUUUGGAGAAAAUGAAUGAGGAUCAUGUGCAGAAGAAUGGAAGGAAAGCUGCCUCAUUCUUGAAAGAUGAUGGAGGUCCACCAGUCCUAUAUGAUGACUAGCGCCAGGCCCACUGCUCUCAGUGUCAACCAGUGGUGACUGUCAGCUUCCAGUGGCAAGCGACGUUAUGGGUGUAUGGAAAUACCAAAACACAAGGCAUGGUGGUGCUUCUGUGCUUUUUAUCCCCUUGUAACUCAUGUGCCAGAUGUGUGGAAUUUUUAGCACGGCAUUGAGAGAAUAUAUUGUCACUACCUCCCAUCUUAUAAGCAGGAUAACAUUCUUUAACAGCUGUAGGUUAUGUAGAUGAAAUAGACCUGAUUUUAUAGGAUUCAUGGUAUGAAGUAUUUUGAUGAGAAUUUUUUAAACUUAGGGAACAUUUCCAAAUAUGGGAGGAAAGGACAGAUGUGUUUAUAAGGGAGGAGUUUAUUACAACAUACGUGCUUUUUUUACCUCCCUGUUUUGUGCUGUGUCUUUCCUCAAAUAGUUUAUCACCUGAAAUUAGCCCUUCUCAAUUCUCUUUCUAAAUUGUGAUCAUAAUUCUCAAGAAAAAUUCUUCUCCUUAGUAGGUGAUACAAAUGGAAAUUUGGUUUCAGAAUGGCUGACAGAAACAGACACAAGCUAAGUACUUUUUAUUGGUGCAUCAUAAAUAUGAACAGUUCGUUCCCAUAUUCAUACGCAAGAAAAGCCAUCAUAGAUUUCUGAGGGUGAUAAGAUAGAAGAAUUUCUUAACUACUCAGAUUUUUUUAAAUAUAAUAUUCAGCUUUUCUACACUUAGGUGAAAUGGUUAGGAUAUAUAAAUCAUGGUGUGGCUGCAUUUAUAAUGGAAAGGUAAAUUACCUGGAAGGACAGAAUAUAAUAUUUAACCAAGUUUGACAUAUUUUAAUGAAGUCAGUGAAACAAAGUUUACAUUCCAAACUAUAUGCUUAUUGAUUGAUUUUGGGAGAAAUACAGCAAGCUAAUUAGAAAUAAUCAAAUUAUGAAAAAUAUGUAUAAAAUAACUGGGAUAUCAAAUUAAUCAAUCUGAACUAUCUUGCCUCACUUUAAAUAAUUUUUAGUACUGGCUAGAUGCCAACAUCUUAAACAAAGCAAGCACUGUACUGGACAAGUACGUUGGCUUUGUUAGGUUUGAAGUUCAUUAACCACAGCGUAAUCAUUCCUCCUAUUACUGAAUUCAAGGUGGAACCACUAAGGACCCAAACUGUGUGUCUUGUCCUAGAAAGUAAAAAUCCAAACAUUUACACUUGGAAGCUUUUCCUUUAACACUAUUUUUUAAAUGCCUAAAAUGUUCUUUCUAGAAAAAUAUUUAUUUUUGUUCUGUUGAAUGGCUUUUAAGUGCAUUUCAGAGAAAUGUGAUUUGGGAUAGAUACUCAUUACAUUUCUGAAAUGUUUAGUCUGAAAGAUUUAAGAUGGUGAUUAUUGGCUUUACAGAAAUUUCAGACAACUAAUUAAAAGAAACAUUAACCAUUUAAAACUUUUUAAUCUUAUUUUCUGACAUACUCUCACAAAGAGCAGCAAACCAUUGCUCUGUGGCAUUCUUGGAGUGUGCUGUGAACAUGCCUUUUAAGAAAUUAAAAAUGGAGAGAUCAUUUUA